UAAGACUGUCGGCUGAAGCUAGUCUACUAGAGAUAAUUGCGAAUAAAAAUAUAUAUUUUAACCAAUUUCCUGCGGGCGUUGUGUCCGUUUAUAUACUUAUAUAUGUGAUAUAUCAACCGCAACCUGCUGGCGUAAUGUCAACGAGAACGGAGUGCAGAGUUUCCAGCUCCAGCUCCAGAUCAGAUGAAAGGAGGAGAUCAAGGAGCAGAGGACGAGAAAAGGGGAAGCGGAAACGCAGCAGGAGUAGAUCUUCCUCAUCUUCCUCUUCCAGUUCAUCCUCUUCAUCCUCAUCAUCUUCAUCCUCAUCGUCUUCUUCGUCGGGUUCAUCACACUCAUCUAGCCGCAGUUCGAGUAGCUCUAGCAGUAGUGACUCUCGGAGUAAAUCCAGAAAGCAGUCUAAGAAAAGGAAAAAAGAAAAACAACACAAAAAAAAAGGAAAGAAAGAGAAGCGACAUAAACGUAAAAAAGACAAGAAAGCUAAAGGAGAGGAAAAUUCGGGACCUGUACAGAUAUCCAAGUACUUGAAGGACAGGAAAAAAGGCAAGUACAGUAUGAUUUCAGGCAAGAAGAUAAAGAUGAAAGUAAAGAAGUCAAAGAAAGACAAACAGCGGGAUAAAAAUCGGGCAGAACUUCUUGAGUUCUUAAACUCUACCCUGUGAUGCCCCUGUGUACACCAGUAGCGGUUCUCAGGCCUGGACAUGUCAGCAGAACUCAGGACACAACAACUCAGCUCUCCAAGACAAAAUAAUGAAGGGUUUUCUGAGACAGAUACGAUGAAUGCCACUUACAUCGAUACACAGGUUCGGCACCAAGCCAGAGCAAAGGAGCUGUAUCUCAUGCAAUGAAGUGGUGAAAACAUAGCUUCCCACAUUACUGCCCAGGUGGCUAAUUCUUCAGCGUAGUCUGAUAGUUUUUGUUAUGUGAGAUCUGUUUAUGUUGCGCAGUGUCGUCCAUAAUUUUAUCUGUGGCCACCUAGAUCAGUUAAAGGUGAAAGAUGUAGUAGGAAAGCAUCAGUCUGAGCAUUGAGCUGCCAGCGACUGGCUUCUGAACGUGAGUUCACCUCUUUUUUUUAAUUCCAGGGAUUCUACUUGUCAUAACCAGGUACUUAAAUUACCCACAGUGCAACUCAGUUGCAGACAGUUUUGCUUGAGAUUCCAGUGUGAUAUGCUAAAGAAUGCUCCUACUGGUUAAUGUAGCCACAAACUGAGAUUAGGAGCAAGCAGCAGAGGUCUGCUAAGUUCACUUCUUUCUAUAUACACACCUCCAGAUUUAUUAUCAUUUUCCAAACAUGUAGUCUUCAGCCCCAGGUGACAUGGACUUGACUGACAUCACUGGAGGCAAUUCAUUAAAUGUUUUGGGGCCUGCUCUGUUGCUAUAAAAGGCUUUAUUCAUCUUCUUUCACAUUAUCCAGCUUUGAUAUGUAAAAUUAGUGAACUUUACAUUUUUCUGCUGGUUGUUUCAAUCGUUCAUGACAACUUUACAACAUGUUGGACUGGCCUGUGCAUUUAUUGUUCUGUAGGUAACUGACCAUGGGACGUUUGCUAUGAGAACCACAGUGUCAUCAUAGUUUUUUAAUGUGUACAUUUUUGUUUAAAAUGAUGAGAAUCAAUUCUGCAUUGUUUGUUGAUUACUGUAUUUCUUAUCCAUAACAUUCAUUACCCCAAACUCUGCCAUGGAUGCUGUUUCAGCAUCAGUCCUGUUAUUAAAUCGAAGUAUAAUAUACAAUCACUGUUAGUCCCCCUAAAUCGAUCCUGUUGAAAGCUUUAUAUUGAUGAUGGAGUAACGUAUUGUGUACUGUUGAAAUUUGCUGUGUGAUGAACAAACAAAUCAAGAAACGGCAAUAAACUGCUGGGAAGAUUUUA